AUGGUUGAGAGAGCCAAAGUAUUGGAGAAGAACGUGGCAGAAGUAGAACAGCAGAAGAAGCAACAACAGGUGAUUAGGGGACCGGUCUCGUCUAGAAGCAAUCUGAAUCUGAGGAGGACGCCCUACGCUCGCCCCGCGUUGCCUUCAAAUGCUGGGGGGUCUCACACUCAAUCAGUGGCAUGUGUUGAGAAACUGGGUUUAGCUGAAAGUGAGAUGCAGUUCGACUUAGUGGUGUCAACCCCAGCGACUGGUUUAGAAGUGAUUCUAGGAAUGGAUUGGUUGGCUGCCAAUCACAUUCUUAUAGAUUGUGGUGAGAAGAGAUUGGUAUUUACAGAUGAAGAAGAAGAGUUAUCUGUGACGCUCGGUCAGCUCAAGGAAGAUAUCAUGGAGGGCACCAGCUGUUUUCUGAUAAUGACGCACGCAGAUGAGAAGUGUGAAGAUUUAAGUCAUGAACGAUCGUCCAGUAGCAAGCUGAGUGGAGGAAGAUCUGUUGUCGACGAAUUCCCAGAGGUCUUUCCGGAUGAAGUACCCGAACUACCUCCUCCUCACGAGGUAGAAUUCACCACUGAUUUGGUGUCGACAGUAGGGCCCAUUUCUAUUGCACCAUAUAGGAUGUCACCAGCAGAGUUGGUCGAACUCAAGAAGCAGAUUGAAGAGUUAAUGGACAAGCAGUUCAUUCGGCGAGGUGUUGGAAGAAGAGAAUCUGGUUGA